AUGUCCACUUUCACCAAGCCAAACCGUCCUUUAACGUGGCUCAUCACUGGAGCUACAUCAGGCUUCGGAGAGUCUCUCUGUCGUCUAGUCUUAGCUGGUGGUCACAAGCUGGUAGCAACGUCCCGCAACCCCUCUCGCAACCCGGGUCUUGCAGCCGAGGUCAAGGCUCGUGGCAACGACAGUCGGUUUAUUCAACUCGACGUUGAUGACCGAAACAGUGGCCAGAUCAUUGAAUCACUGGAGGCUUCUGGAAUCGAAAUCGAUGUUCUGGUGAAUAACGCUGGGUACUGUAUCUAUGCCCCCGUGGAAACGGCUGCCGAAGAGGAAGUGCGAGCUCUGAUGGAAACAUUAUACUUCGGCCCCGUCAGGCUCGCUCGCGCUGUCCUGCCCCACAUGCGCAAGCGCAGGUACGGCGUCAUCGUGAAUAUCAGCAGCGGCGCGGCUCUGGAUGGAAGAGAUAGCAUGGGACCCUAUGCUGGAGCCAAGGCUGCACUCGACGGAAUAUCUAAAGUCCUUGCGAAGGAGGUUGCCCCGUUUGGGAUUCGUGCUCUAACAGUUACCCUUGGGACUUUCAACACGAAUUUUGCCAACGCCACUAUCGUUGGUAAGAAUCCUCUUCCAGACGACUAUAAGGGCUCGGUAGCCGAACAAAUGAUUCAGAUUAUGUCCAGUGGUAAACUACAGCCAAAUGGCGAUAAAGAUAAGGCAAUGAAGGCUCUCUACGAGAUCGUUGUUGGCGAAGGCGCCGGGAAGGGCCGCGAAGCUGAACGGCUCCUCCCCUUGGGCCAGGAUAUGACUCUUCGUUUGAAAGGCCAGUUGGAGUAUUUCGGCCACGCCUUAGAAGUUUUCGGAGACGUCACGAACAGUGUUGCCGUAGACAAGAAAUGA